AUGUUUAUAAUUGCCUUCAUUGGAAUUAUUUUAAUGAUAAUUGAAAAUGAAAUCAAAUUUCAUCGUAAUGAAGAAAUAACACAGUGGAAUAUAGUCAUAUCCCUUUUUACUUCAUUUUCAACAUUGUUACUUGUCUGGCUUGUGUUUGUUUAUCAUUAUUACGAUGUAAAAUUGUAUUGUGUGGAUAAUUCAAUUGAAAAUUGGCCAAUUAUUGCUUUGACUCCAAAAAAAGUUAGUUUAAUUAUUCUAGAAUUAAUCAUCUGUUCAAUACAUCCAAUACCCGUUAUAUGGACAUAUAAACCUUCGCAGACUAAUUCACUUAAAUAUGCGUCACCCGAUAUUCUUUUGUCAUUGCCAAUGUUUUUAAGACUUUAUUUAUUUGCUCGUCUUCUAGUUCUACACAGUAGUUUGGUUAAAAAUGCUUCAUCACAAUCAUUCGGCUAUUUAAAUCGUGUUAAAAUUAAUUUUCAAUUUGUUAUAAAAGCACAAAUGAAAACUUCUCCAGCUUUAUGUUUACUUAUAUUUGUUCUAACAAUGUUUUUAAUUAUGAGUUGGUCAUUACGUGCAUGUAAUUAUCAAGUAAACUCGGGUCGAAUGACAAUUCUGGAUGCAAUGUAUCUAUUUGUAAUUACAUUUACAACUAUUGGCUAUGGUGACUUUGUUCCAACUACAUAUUGUGCUCGAGUGAUUAUCACGCUCACCGGAUUUAUUGGCCUAUUAUCAACGGCUCUACUAAUUGCUGUUAUAGCAUCAAAAUUAGAAUUUAUUCGAUCAGAAAAAUAUUUACAUUUGUUUGUUAAACAAUUACAAUUGGUACAAGAACAAAAAUAUCAUGCAUCAAAUAUAAUUAAAUUUGGAUUAAAAGUAUGGUUAAUGAAAUAUAAAUUAAAACAUAAUAAGUAUGACAAUAACAAUCAUCCAUCUGAUUAUAUUAAAUUGUAUAGACGACUUUUGACAUCUAUUUAUCGUAAACGACAAAUUGAACAAGAACAGCGAAAAUUAACCGAUUCUUAUGUGACUUUAGUAGAAGUUUAUAAUAAACAAAAAUCGAAUAAUUCAAAAAUCGAUAAGUUAACACAAAAAUUUGUACGAUUAGAAAAUAGAAUUCAACAAAUAGAACAACAUUUAGUCGAAAUACAAUCAAUAUUGCAGAAUAAACUAAAUAAGUAA